AUGAGUAAGGUAAAUCAGAGAUCCAGCUUACACCUCAACCCCCCUUCCAACUCUAGCAAUCUUACUUCUACCCAAACUUGGACACACACUCCCUCCCUUGACUCUCCAUGUGCUAAUGGGGUCAUGGUGUACAUGAGUUAUUUAAGCAAGACGGAGCUACAAACCUUCAAGGAGCUGUUGAUGGAAAAGAAGCUCCUGCCGGACUCUCUCGGCAUCACCUGGAAGCAGCUAAACGGAGCCAAAUGGGCAGAGAUGGUUCAUCUCUUAGUAGAGUACCUGCCUGGAGCACUGGCCUGGAAUGUGGCUCGUGAAAUCCUCGAGAAAAUGAACCAGAGAAGGAUUUCUUCCCUGCUACAGGAAGAGUUAGAGGAUAAAAUAAGGGAGUACAAACUGCGUGUGAUGGGAAAGAACUUACUUGUGUGUGACACCACCAUCUGGCCUGGAAACCAAGCAGACUUUCUGUACAUCAAUGUGAGAAACCACGAUGCAAUCUUGCCAUGUCUCUUCCUACCCAGGAGCCCCCAGGGGAGACAGCCUAAGACAGUGGUCAUCCAUGGAAUUCCUGGUAUCGGAAAAACAACGCUGGCCAGAAAGACGAUGCUGAUGUGGGCGCAAAACAAGUUCUACGCACACAAAUUUAAGUUUGCUUUCUAUUUCCACUGCCGAGAGCUGAACUGGGUGAGAGAGCGCAGCUUCUCGGAGCUGAUUGAGGGCCAAGGGCUUAUGUCUCAGGCUCUCGUGUCUAAGAUUUUAUCCAGACCAGAUCAACUUCUGCUCCUUUUGGACGGCUUUGAGGAGCUCACAUCUUCCCUCAUCACAAGACCAGCUAAUCUGGUGGAAGACUGGAACCAGAAGUUGCCUGGGGUUGUUCUCCUGAGCAGCUUGUUAAGCAAAAGGAUGCUUCCAGAAGCCACACUCCUGAUCAUGGUGAGACCGACCUCCUGGAGAGGAGUUAAAGUGUUAGUCAAGCGUCCCUCCCACGUCACCCUGACUGGAUUUAGGAGGACAGAAACGCUCGACUAUCUCAGGUCGUAUUUCAAAGACAGAAUGAAAAGGAAUCAAGUUGUGGAUUUUGCCAUGAAAAACACCAUUCUCUUGUCCAUGUGUCGGGUCCCUGUGGUGUGCUGGAUGGUGUGUCAUUGUCUAAGAAAACUGAUGCAGAAAAUGGUAAAUCUCACAGAGGCUUGUCCAAAUGCAACAUCUGUGUGUGUGUUGUUUCUGGCUACCCUGUUCCCAACCAUAUGGAAGAAACUUUCUGGCAGUAAUUACCAAAAGCAAUUGGAAGGUGUGUGCCGUCUGGCUGCCCACGGUGUAUGGGACCUGAAGAGUGUGUUUGAUAAGACGGACUUUCAGCAUGUCAAGGUGGAUGAGGCCACCAUAGACGCUUUCCUUCAAGUGAACAUUCUUCGAAAGCUAAAAGACAAAGGAGACCGUUACGUGUUUGCCUUGUUUAUCUUCCAGGAGAUUUUUGGCGCCCUGUUUUAUGUUCUCUUUUUCCCCCAAAGAAUUAUAUAUUAUCACCCACUGAGCCAAGUGGGCAUCCAGGAUCUGAUUGCAAUGUCGCGAUCCAGAGAAAACUGCGAGACUCAGAUGGGGCUUUUCUUAUUUGGUCUUUUAAAUGAAGCGUGUGCUGGCAUCGUGAUGAGGUCCUUCAAGUGCGGAAUAGGCUUGGGUAACAAGAGGAAGGCCAUAAGUGUGAUAACCCAUUUGAAUGACUAUGGAUGCUAUGACUGCUCCCAGCUCUUCCCCUGCCUGACCGAAAUCGGGGAGGAGAGCUUUGUCUGCAGUGCCCUGGAAAGCUACCAGAAAGUCUUUUUGAAACUCAGGAGCCUGAAGGACCUUCAGCUGUCUGCGUUUUGCCUUAGGCGCUGCCGAGGUUUGGAGAAAGUAGAACUGACUCUGUCGAGAGCCUUCUACCAGGACCUUUGGCCGGACUCAGCAGAUCCUACCCAGAGCACUCAACUGAGAGAGAAUAAGAUCGUCUUCAGCUGGUGGGAAGAUAUCUGCUCCGUGUUUGAAACAGAAACAAAUAAAGACCUGGAAGUGCUGAUGGUGACUGACAGCAUCCUGGAGGCCCUGUUCAUACAGAUAAUCACUACCACCCUGCAGAGGCCCCAGUGUAAAGUGCAAAGGUUACAGCUGAAGAACUGUGAGGCCACCUUUAUAGACUGGAUUCUGCUUACCAGCAAUCUUCAAAGGAACUCGCACCUGAAGGCUGUGCUACUGACAGCAAGCUCCCCAAACAUUUUUGGGGUGAAGUACCUGCUGCUGAGUUACCUCAGGGAACUGAUGCUGGAGAAUUGCAACCUCACUGAGGACUCUUGUCAAGAAAUUGCCCUCUCUCUCAGCCACAGUAAGCUGCUGACCCACCUGAGUCUGGCAGAGAAUGACUUGAAGGAUGAAGGAUCGAGGCAUAUCUGGAAUGCUUUGGAACAUUUAAUGUGUCCUUUGCAAAGACUGGUGCUGAGGCAGUGUUCUUUGACUUCAGCAUGCUGUAAAUAUAUGAUGUCACCUCUCAGGAACAAUAAAAGCCUGCAAAGUCUAGACCUGAGUUUCAACAGGCUGAUGGACGACGGGGUCAUCCUACUCUGUAAAGCUCUGGAAGAUACCAACUGCAACUUGUUGGUCCUGGAGCUGGAACAGUGUUGGUUCACCUCCGCCUCUUGCCGCACUCUGGCAUCCAUGCUCUGUAGGAACAGGAAGCUGAGGUACCUGGACCUGAGCAAGAACAUUAUCAGAAUCAAUGGCAUGCUGACCUUGGCCCUGGAGUUCUUCAGACAGAGGCGGGCAGACGAGGUUGUACUAAAACUGAACUUGCUGGUGGUCUUUGUGGAUGGGAACUGUGAAAAGUAUUCACACUGCGUCUACAUUUACCAGUUCCUGAUCCAUCGUUUCUUCGUUUGGCUGUUUGGGGUGAAUGUGAGCGUUGGUGUGGAUCAUGCCACCAUUGCGGACCACCUAGCCUCCAUCUUUGAGAAUCACCUAGGACCUGUCUUCUGGGGCAUAAUCAUUUGCAUCGUUGAAGACAUGAAACUCUUCAUGCUCUCUAAGAAAGCCAAGAAUGAGAUGAAAAUAAACAAAGCUCAGUGCGUGACCCAGAAGGUGGCAGUGGACCAGUUCAGAAUGACAAAGGAUCAGAUGAUGAACGGCCACCAGAGUUCUUUCAUGCUGAGGAACAAGAUUCAGAGGCAGACAAAAGUGAACAAGGUGAAGAAAAUGUCUGUGGCCAAUGAUAAGGGCAUUCAGAGAGGAGGUGGGGUCCUGGUGUCACUGGUGUGUUCACCUGAACCUUCCUUGUGA